AUGACCUUUCUCGCUGUUUCCACAAAAAUGUGGUCUAACCGUCGCAUCUAUUCCAACACAAAUACAAACAACAUGAGAGUGCAGAGACCGCUAGAGCCCAGCACGUCCUCGCUACUCACAUGCCUCAAAUGGAAUGUGUUGAUAUUGAAGUUAGUUGGUCUGUUACCGUUUUAUACCACGCCAAACCCUGAUGAGAUCGGCGCGCCUAGAGGGCUGCUGGCACACGUUACGCGCGCCAUAUUUUGCGUUAAAACUGCGAUGCACCUUCUGCAUAUCUACGCCUUAUAUUCGCCACCCAUUUUGCAUAAACUCUUUCUGCGCAGCAAAACGAACGGUGUUACGAAUACAAUCAGCGUGUCCUUCUGUAUUCUCAGCGAUGUCGUGAUUAGCUGGACGUGCGCUCGCCAUGGCCCCAAAAUUAUUGCAAUAAUAAAUGGUUUUCUGAAAUUCGAUCGUAGACUCAGAGAACUCACGCUAUCGCCGACACGAGAAUUCCACACUGGCAGGGCGAAUCAUAUAUAUUUGUUACUGUUAUUUGGUUAUCUCUGUGUGAUAACUGUGCCGGUGGUGAACAGUUUCUACGGCAAUUUGCCACAGCUCUUGUUCGUAGGCAUUUCGUUUUACCAAGUGGAAAAUUUCACCUCGUGUAUGUUCGUCGUGUUCAUUUCGUCGCUUUUGCAUCAGCUCGCAUUGCGCUUGCAACACACCAACAAAUUGAUAGCUCUUUACGGUGUGGAGGGAGGUAGAGCCUCGACGCACGAUGUGCAGAGUUUCGCACGUGAUUCCACAAUAUAUUAUAGUUUAUAUAACGAUUUGUUGGACCUGCUCAAAAUGAUCAACAAAUUCGCGGGUCUGGGCCUAGUGGCGUUCAUACUGUAUGCCUGCGCGGGGCUGCUGACCUCCACUUACGCCUGUACUUUGUACAAUUUGAGCAGCAUUGAUGAUUGGUUCAGUAUUCUAUGGAACCUAUCGUGGAUACUGAACUUCGCGACCGUUUUGAUAUUGUUGGCGUUCAGAUGUGACGGCGUCACUAAAGAGGCCAACAACACAGCUCAAAUCAUUGCGCGCGUUUACGCCAAAGGCAAGGGCUACCAAGAUAUUGUUGAUAAAUUUCUUUCGAAGAGCAUUAAGCAGGAUGUGCAGUUCACCGCUUACGGAUUUUUCUCUAUCGACAACACCACACUAUUCAAGAUCUUCUCCGCUGUAACCACUUACCUGGUGAUUUUGAUACAAUUCAAACAAUUGGAGGAUGCAAAAGCCGAGGAGUAAAAUUGUACACUGCAAAAAAUAAGUUUUUGCUUAUUAACCAAUAUCAAGUAUACUGUGUCGUUCUUUAUCCUUUUCUAUCAAAGCACAAUUUUUUUUAUUAU